AUGGUCCUCGGCCACGAGCCUGUAGGUGUCGUCGAGCAAGUUGCCCCAAAGCUUACGAGUGUCAAGGUCGGCGACCGCGUAGGCUGGGGUUUGUAUGGCGUCCUGGUACACGCUGGGGUACAGCCGUUUGGCUGCAUCGGCAUUGUCGGUGUAAGCGGGCCUGGCCCCUUUGCGAUCCAGUUCGCUGCAAAGAUGGGCUGCAAAGUCGCCAUUUUCUCGGGCACAAUGAGCAAGAACGACUGGGAGAUGCAGCUGGGCGCAAACAACUUCGUCUUCCUCAAGGAGACGCCUGACUUCAACGGAGACUUCAAGAUGCUAAACGCAAGCAUCGUGUUACAGGGGCUGCGUAUCAUCGGUACCCUGGCCGCCGAGCGCCCAUUGCAGACGGACAUGCUUGAGUUUUCCGCACGACACCACAUCAAGCCGAUGAUCGAGGCGCUGCCUAUGGACGCUGGAGGUAUCAACAAUGGCAUCGAGAGACUGUAG